CACCUUACAAAACCUCUGUAUUAUUCGUUUAAUUCAUUACCAGUCAACGUAAACCCUAAUUCGAAUCGCAUUCAAAUCACAACUAACGGCUCUAUUUAACCAACCAACUUCAAAUUCUUUCUCCUCCAAAUAUUUCUUCAUCUUCAUCACUAAUUCUGUUUCCUCUCCCUGCCUGCAUGGAUAAUCGAGUUUCUCAAACGCCCAAUCAUGGCGAAGACGGCGCCGGAAUCGUUGAUGCCAGAAGCGUAAUUAUACAUUUUGGGAGUUUAAAGCUGUGGAGCGACGGCAGUUUGGAGGUGGGAGCCCCCGCCGCUUCUGAAAGUAGCAAUGCCGCCGCUUCUGCUUUGCUGGAAAAUCCUGCUCUUGAUCGUGGCAGUUUGUUGGGCCAUAAUUUCUUCAAGACUCAGGGACAAGAAUCUGCACAAAAUCAGGGGCAGCAGAGUUUGAUGGGAUUGCAAGAUUAUAGAGACAGUUACGUUGAUAUGUAUGACUAUAAACAAGCAUCAAUGGAGCCUCUCUACGGCUAUUCAUCAACAUCUAAAUAUGUCGAAAACAAUCCAGUCUUCCUUCAAGACUCAACUUUGAGGUCUACUGCGAUCACAAACAACGUAAUUUACACCGGCUUCGACUAUGGGUCUACGAGCAGCAGCAGUCCGGCUUCUGGCGAAUCCACUGGGCCUCGAUUUGACCUAAGUUUGUUGCAAGAAAUUGUGAAUGGAGGAGGUAGCAUGGAGAUGAGCAUGUUGCUUUUGACUCUGCAGGGCUCUUAUCUGGAUAUGAUGCUGGAUAGAUCACUGUCCCUCGUCUUCAUAAAGCUCGUUAAGGCGUGUCGAGGCCUCCAGUUGGAUUUAGUCCUUGAAGAUGUGCUGUCGUGCGCCCAAUCCUUUAUACUUGCUGCAUUCUGCAAACAAGGAGCAAAUUCGAUUUGCAAACUCAUCCAAAGGGUGAAGAAGUCGAGCCACGCCUUCACCAUAACACAGAUUCUAUCCACGCAGUUUUUGGCUAUAAUGACUCAUGAAAUAGCCAGAUCGGUGAUACAGACUUGCUUCGACUGCUUCCUUCAUCAUAAUCAGGUUCUGUAUGAGAAAGCAAUACUUCACUGCCAAGAACUAGCCACAGACAAAGUGGGGUGCAUAUCCCUAAACGAAGCCGUGGGGAAAAUCAGCGGGGAGCAAAGAUCAAGGCUUCUGAAGGGCAUAGCAGAUUGCUCAGCUGAGCUCUCAAACCACCCAUACGGGAACUACGUGGUGCAGAACGCGCUGUCCCUGAAAAACGAGAGUGCAGGCAUCGUGCUAGGCCUACGAGGGCACUUUGUGGAGCUGGCCCUGCACCCGGGAGGCAGCCAUGUGGUGGAGAGAUGCAUGGAGGUUUCCCACCUUGGAUUAGUCUAUGUGGUGAAGGAAAUAGUUGAAACCCCUAAAGCAUCUCUGCGCCUUGCUCAAAAUCAAUUCGGGAACUAUGUCAUUCAAAAGGCUUUCAAGAUGACCAAGGAGCAUAGGUUUACCAAACUGCUGCACAAGUCUCUGAUAAGAUCUCUGGAGCCUUAUUACAGAGAGCUGAGCAAGACGAUGAGCGGGAAGAUCGUGCUGGGCAAUCUCAGAGAGGAGGUUGGCUUCAAAUGGCGAAACAGAAUAGAUGGUGGGGUUUGGCGCUCUAAUAAGGACACACUGCUGUAAUGGAAUUGUUAUCAAUAUUUCUAAACUCUAAUUUUUGUAUAAUUGUAGGGAUGCUAAC